GCCCCACCACGGGUUACCACUGGAAAUCAGCGUGUUGCCUCACAGGCGGCCCGAAAUGCCUUCUUGUAGAAGAUUCAUAUUGUUCCUGUUUUGCUUGGUGGUUCUUGUGGAAAGCAGGAAGCCCAGGACGAGGAGAUGGACAGGGCAGCCGGAAGCGGCCAGGCCAAGUCACACGUACAGGAAGAAUCCCGAUGCAACCCAAACGCGCAAGGGCAAAGCGCAGCCCCUGCUCCGCGUGGAGGAGCAUGACUUCACCAUGCGGCCCGCUUUUGGAGGCCCCGCCAUCCCCGUGGGCGUGGAUGUGCAGGUGGAGAGCCUGGACAGCAUCUCCGAGGUGGACAUGGACUUCACCAUGACCCUGUACCUGCGGCAUUACUGGAGGGACGAGAGGCUGGCCUUCUCCAGCACCAGCAACAAGAGCAUGACCUUCGACAGUCGGCUGAUAAAGAAGAUCUGGGUCCCUGACAUCUUCUUCGUUCACUCCAAAAGGUCCUUCACCCACGACACGACCACGGACAACAUCAUGCUGAGGGUGUUCCCAGAUGGUCACGUGCUGUACAGCAUGAGGAUCACCGUGUCUGCCAUGUGCAACAUGGACUUCAGCCACUUCCCCCUGGACUCACAGACCUGCUCGCUGGAGCUGGAGAGCUAUGCAUACACAGAUGAGGACCUGAUGCUGCAUUGGAAGAACGGGGACGAGUCGCUGAAGACGGAUGAGGAGAUCUCCCUGUCGCAGUUUCUGAUCCAGAAGUUCCACACCACUUCCAGGCUGGCCUUCUACAGCAGCACCGGCUGGUACAACCGUCUGUACAUUAACUUCACGCUGCGGCGCCACAUCUUCUUCUUCCUGCUCCAGACCUACUUCCCCGCCACCCUGAUGGUCAUGCUGUCCUGGGUGUCCUUCUGGAUCGACCGCAGAGCUGUGCCUGCCAGAGUCUCACUGGGCAUCACCACGGUGCUGACCAUGUCCACCAUCAUCACGGGUGUGAACGCCUCCAUGCCCCGCGUCUCCUACAUCAAGGCGGUGGACAUCUACCUGUGGGUCAGCUUCGUGUUCGUGUUCCUCUCGGUGCUGGAGUACGCGGCCGUCAACUACCUGACCACCGUGCAGGAGCGGAAGGAGCGCCAGCUGCGCGCGAAGUGCCCAUGCACGUGUGGGAUGCUUCCCUCGAGAACCAUGAUGCUGGACGGGAGCUACAGCGAGUCUGAGGUCAACAGCCUGGCUGGAUACACCAGAAGCCACAUAGUGACAGAAGAAAGGCACGACAGGACAGUGGUCCACCUGGCCCUGGGCAAUGACUCCACCUCCCCCAGGAAGAGGGGGCUGCUGAAGGGCCAGCUGGGUCUUCGCAUCUUCCAGAACACUCACGCCAUCGACAAAUACUCUCGGUUGAUCUUCCCUGCUGCCUACAUACUUUUCAAUCUGAUUUAUUGGUCAGUGUUUUCCUAGGGACUCCAAGGCUCUGCUUGGGAGUGGGUGUGGAAAACUGGGAGGUAUGGCCGGCCAUGGACCUUCGGAACGUGCUCCCCUCACUAGACAGCAUGGCAGCUCCCAGACCACCCUGUGCAGGGGUUUGCUUUUUGUGCGUGCUGUGUCCUGUGCUGCACCCCAUGCCUCUCUGAGCCCGUCUUCUUCGGUUCUUAUGUGUGAACUGACUUAUGAGAGAUCCCUUCCCAUUCAAACCGACCCCGCUCACAAGCUUCCCCAGUUACCAGCACCUUUACAGACCGAGGAUUCAGCUGUGGAGAGAAAGGGGAAAUGAAGGGUAAACUCAGGCAUUCUGAGUAGGAGACCAGAAAUGAGAUCCAAAGGAGGAAUUUUUUAAAAAUUGUGAUCCAACACAGCUGGACUAAGUACCUACCUAGAAAGGGCAAAAGCACAGAAAUUAGAUAGAGAUAAUUAGAUAAUUAGAAAUUAGAUAAUUAUCUGACCUGUUUGAUUUUGCAUGAUCAGACACCAUUCAUUCACCUACUCCAUCACUGAGUGAAUAUUGAGCACCCAUGCUGCGCCAGGUCCUGUCUCUCUUCUGAGAGAACCUCUGUAAGCUGGUGUUCAGUCCACAUGUGGGACGCAGUCCAGUGCUUCUGCCUGUCCCCCUCGCUCAGCACCCAUUGGCCCCUCCGAGGUCUGUUCUGUUUGCUGGUGCUUUCACUGCCUAGACAAGCACUGGCCCCAUAAAAGCCCUGUAAGGUCUGGGGUUCAAAAACCACCCGCUCUUGAGUGGAAGAAGUUGAGGCUGUCUGCUUCCACAAAUAUUUACAGCCUGGGAAACCCCAUAUACGGUCACUAUGAGUUGAAAUCAACUAAAUGUCAGUGAGGUUUUUUUUGGUUUUGAAUAAGGGUCUUAAAACUCCCUUAUGGCAUAAUGUUAUAUGUUAGACUGCUACAUGCACUCUAAACCCACCAGCCAGCUAUCACCUCCUGUAAAGAUUUACUGCUUCGGGGACCCCAGGGAGCAGUUCUACUCUGUCCCACAGGGUUGCUAUGAGGCAGAAUUGAUUUGUUAGCAAUAGGUUUACAAGGCCCUUGUAUAAGCACUGGACUGCUGACCACAAGGUCAGCCCUUCAAACCCACUAGGGAGUGCUCAGAGGGAGAAACACAUCGAUUCACAGCCCCAGAGACACUAGGUAGGGCAGCUAGGACUUGGGAGCCCUGGUGGUGCGGUGGUUACAUGUUGGGCGGUUACCUGCAAGG